CACACAGUUUGGCAGCUGCGGCUUCCCUCCAGUGGAAAAACAGGUGCUGGCAGGCCGCCCUUUUUGGGUGGUCUGUACAAUGCCUACAACUGGAUUAUUUCUGCAGUUUGUUUUGAACCAUAGAUAUAGCUGCAAAAGUCCCUAAAUAUUUGCCCAUGAAAGAGUUAUACCCUAGCAGAAUUGUCUGACUGAACACUGAAAGUAUAGUUAAUAAUUUGCAAGACACAAAACUUUUAUUUGACAAUAUAGGUUGGCUUAACAGAGGAGGGGAAAGGUUUUCACAAAAAGGAAGAAAACCUUGUUAAACCAGGAUGGUUAAAUGUUUUUUCUGUUUGCCAGUUUUCCCUCUGAUUGUUUUUGUGGGGAAUACACCUGUUUGUCUUUGUGGCAUCCUGUCAACAUGGUUUGAUCAGCUAACUGGUUCGUCAAUAGACUCAGCUGAUGAUUAUUACUAUGAAUACAGUACUGAAAAUGUGCAGACAGAAAGGACUGAUUCUGGACUUAGCUUGUAUCCUGACUGGUUUCAUGAACACUUGAAUUAUGAUGUAGUAAAUCCUUGUCAGACUAGGCCGUGCCAGAAUAAUGGGAUUUGUGAAAGGAACAGAAAUAGCUAUACAUGUCACUGUCCUAAACCAUAUGCAGGAUCGAAAUGUGAAAAGGUGAAAAACACAUGUGAAAGAAUAAAAUGCCAUAGAGGAGACUGCCUUGUAAGCUUAAGAGCUCCUUAUUAUCGAUGCAGUUGCCGACAUCCCUACAAAGAACCAUUCUGUGACAAAGCACAAUCAGCUUGCCAACCAAAUCCUUGCAAAAAUGGAGGCACCUGUCAGAGGCAUCGAAUAAGAUCCAAGUUCAGUUGCGAGUGCCCUGAUUCAUUCAAAGGAAGGUUUUGUGAAAUAGGACCUGAAGACUGUUUUGAAGAAAAUGGGUUCACAUACAGAGGAAAUGUUAGUCAAACAGUGCUCCAGAAAACGUGCCUUCACUGGAAUUCUCACCUUCUCUUGGAUAGUAAUUAUAAUGCAUUUAUGGAAGAUGCUGACUAUCAUGACCUUGGUGACCAUAACUUCUGCAGGAAUCCAGAUGGCGAUGAAAAGCCUUGGUGCUUUGUCACUGUGAAUAACAAAUUGAAAUGGGACUUCUGUGAUAUCUCCCUAUGCCCAGAAUCAGCAGAGUUCCCUAAGAAUGCAGUCAUGUCUUCAAGGAAUCCUACAGUGCAUAAUAUACCCAGAACAUGUGGAAAACCAGAGACAGGAGGUCCAUUAAAGAGAAUCUAUGGUGGUUCCAAGACAACAUCUGGCAAGCAUCCAUGGCAAGCUUCUCUUCAGAGGAAAUUUUCACUAAACCCUUUUUGGCAAAAGGGACACUUCUGUGGAGGAACACUGAUAGAGCCAUGCUGGGUUCUGACUGCUGCACAUUGUAUUCUAACAGAAGCACGUGUCCUCCAAGUGGCCCUUGGAAAACAAGAUCUCCACAGCAAAGAGCAUCAUGAACAGAUAUUUGAUGUAGAAAAGAUAAUUAAACAUGGACACUAUACGGAACGGGAGGACAUCCCAUAUAACGACAUUGCUUUGCUAAAGCUGAAACCAACAGAUGGCCACUGUGCAGUGGAAACAAAAUAUGUCAAACCAGUAUGUUUACCUGAUUCAACAUUUCCUGACAAUACUGAGUGCUACAUAUCUGGUUGGGGAGAGACAGAAACAACCUGCUUUUCCAAGGAGAUCAAAGCGGGUUACAACAGCUUUCUGGUAUCUGGUGAAUCAUCUCAUCAGCUGUUAGAUGCCAGAGUAAAGCUGAUUUCCCAGAUGCGGUGUAACGCACCAAGUGCAUAUAAUAACAGACUGGAUGAAAGCAUGCUUUGUGCAGGAAAUCUUCAGAGAACAAGAGCUGAUACUUGUCAGGGAGAUUCAGGAGGUCCUCUAACCUGUGUAAAAAAUGGAUCUUAUUAUCUCUAUGGAAUUGUGAGCUGGGGAGACCAAUGUGGAUUAAAAAACAAACCAGGAGUUUAUACCCGUGUGACGAGAUUUCUCAAUUGGAUCCGUACAAAAAUUCAACAAGAGUCCAAUUAAAAAAAACUUUUUAGAAAAAAAGGAAGGGGAACAUGAUACAUCUUCUGCAAAAUAUCAGGAAUACAAAGGAUUUCUCCAUACUCUUUUUAAACACCAAAACAGCAAUCCUAUACUCACUUUGGAGUAAGUCCCAAUGAACUCAGUAGUAUUUAUGUCUGGGAAGACAUGUAAAGGAUUGCACUGUAAGAAUGCAUUAUAUCCACUUACCUGAGAGCAAUCCUGCUGAAUUGAAUUGAACUUACAGUUCAGUAAGCAUAAUAAUCUUGUGGUGUAACACAAUUUAUAUAGUUUUUAUGCCUCUUGUAUUGUAAUUUUACUUUUGCUGUUAUAUGGCAUUUGCCUUUUUACAACAUAUAUACAGUACACCCUGGUGUUCUUUAUGAAUGAAGGAUGGGUUAUAAACUUUAAAAAUAAUUAGAAUAAAUAAAAUUUCCAAAACAGAUGCAAAGCACUAUAAAUUUCAGAUUUCACCGAAUAAUUCAAAAUAUUCUAUGCUUUCCUCAAAAUAUAAUAUCUAUUGCCUUGUUUUAGGAUUUAAUGUUUUGCCUUCGUUUACACAAGAGCAUGUGACCAUACUGUCUACAUUAGAAGCAAUGAAGAAAACACUUGCUUAUUUGUUGUUUUUAUCUUUUAGUGACAAACUUCACAUACAUUGUAUUCUCCCAAAUAAAAUAAAAAAAGAUUAAUUCGUCUGA